UUAAAGAACAUGUCUUGCCAUACUCUUCUCAUAGAAAAGAUUUCAAAAUUUGUGCGUCUUCUACCACCAUCACCACCACUUCUACACCUCCUUUACCAUCUUUUAUUAGUGGACCAAAGAUUUGGAGAAUAAAUAACUUUGAUAUUGGAUUUGGGCUUGGUAAAGGACAAUAUGGAGAUGUUUAUCUUGCAAGAGAGAAAACAAGUGGAUAUAUCGUUGCAUUGAAAGCAAUGUACAUACCAAAGAUGAUUGAACUUAAUGUUGAAAAACAAUUGAGAAGAGAAAUUGAAAUACAAAAAAACCAUGUAUUUCUGAUUCUUGAAUAUGCAGCUAAUGGAGAAAUUUAUAAACAUCUUAGAAAGUGUACUAGAUUUACUGAAAAGCGUGCAUCAAGGUAUAUUGCUCAGAUGGCACAUGCUUUAGUUUAUCUUCACCAUAAAAAUAUAAUCCAUCGAGACAUUAAGCCUGAAAAUCUUUUAUUGGGUCCAAACAAUGAUCUUAAAAUAGCUGACUUUGGUUGGUCAGUACAUGCUCCUGGUCAAAGACGUAGAACAUUUUGUGGCACAUUGGAUUAUCUUCCACCAGAGAUGGUUGAUGGUCUAGUUCAUGAUUCAAAGGCUGACUUGUGGAAUCUUGGAGUUUUAUGUUAUGAACUGUUGUCUGGUACAGUUCCAUUUUCAGGACCAGGUGGUCGCGAAGAUCGUUACAAUAGAUAUGGAUUUUAUGAUAUUCUUGCAUCAACUUGA